AUGUUCCCUCUGUUUCAGUCGUUCUUCGGACGCUCCUACAACAACCUAAGCAGCAUCUCCGAGUGCAAGAACGGUGGCGAGUGCGUGAUCAACAAAAAGAACCGAACCGCCUGCAAGGCCUGUCGCCUAAGAAAAUGCCUCCUAGUAGGCAUGUCAAAAUCCGGCUCCCGAUACGGGCGCAGAUCCAACUGGUUCAAGAUCCACUGUCUCCUGCAAGAACAGCAACAACAACAACAGCAACAACAGCACCACUACCAGCAGAACCUCCCCAGCCAGCAACUAACGCCACAACAGCGAAAGCCGAUGAGUCCACCUAUCGGUAUCCACGCGGGUCAACGGAAAGACGACGUGCUGAUGUUGGGUCUGGACGAUUACAAGAACUCGACCUCGCCCAGCAUCAGUUCCCCUGAAUCGCACAACAGCGACAGUUCCGUGGAGAUAUCCGAGAGACGAGCCGCGUAUUCGGGUCAUCCCGGGUUCAGACCGUUGCACUCUCACCUGCAGCCUUCCGUGGCCGACCUGUCGGCGCUCAGCAAGGAGAUGAUGAGUCUUCCGCUCGGUUUUCACCUGGGUGGCAUGUCCCUGCUACCACCGGCCUUUUUACCGCCGCCGAGUCUCACCAUGUUCUCCCCGUACCAUCUGUACGCCACAUCCCAUGGCGCUUCGCAUCCGCUGGUACCUAACCCCUCGUCUAACCUCCUGCGACGUUCGCCAGUGGUGGAGGACUGCACUGCGACCACCACGUCGGCGACCACCACCACCACCACCACCAUCAGCAUCGACACCAAGGACCCCUGCGGGAACAACAACAACGACACGUACGCGCAUAACCACAACGUGCAAUCCAGACGAAGCGCCUCCCCUAACCCCGAAGUCGGAGAAGCUUACAACAAACGGUUCUAUCUUGACGCGGUCUUGAAGAGCCAACGAACACGCGUCGAAGGUUCACCAACUGGCUCCGUGAAACGCUCGGAGAACGGCUCUCCAGUUCACAGCCCGGAAUCAGAGGACUGUCCUCCCCCGCAGGACAACCCCAUAGAUCUCUCCAUGAAGUCUACCGUCACCGCUACGAGCGACGAGAUGGAGGAUGACGAAAUUGACAUGGAGAGCGUGAGCGAUCGAGACAGCCCCCCUGUCAAGAAGAAACCGGCACCCAUAGAUCUGACAACGAAAUGCUAGGAAGAUGGACUGUAGUCGAACUAGCAGUUUCAGCUCGAAGAUGAAGUUCGUUGCUAGAGGCAAUCGCGAAGACAGCGCUUGGCUUGGAGCGUGGAAAGUAGUUGUGGGCCCAAAUAUGGUGCGUGAGAAAAGGACGCGUGAUAUCGUAAUCAAUUACGUCCACUCGCGUUCCCCUUGAUUGUCAGUUUACCGUUCGAUCGGCGAGAUUCUUGGAAUUACGUUUAAUUGCGGUCUUGGGUACAGAAAUAUGGCGGAUCCGCAUUGGCGUAAUUGGGUGCGUUUGUACGGUCUGAUAUCGGAUGCAGGGUUAAUGGUGUAGUUAGACAUUUUUGGGAUACGGUUGUCGAGACUUGCUUGAAAUAUCAACCCAACAUUGCAGUUCUGAAACUUCUACAUUCACACAGUUCCAAAUUGUUGAUUUCCAUAUUUUCAGAUUGUUAAACCUUCCAAACAGAUCUUCAAGCUUCGAGUUACCAAAUUUUUAAAUUCCUAACUUGACCUUCAUUUAACCUUUGAAAUUAUUAAACUUGUAAAUCCUAGCACAUCUAAAUUUUCAAGCAUUCGAAUUCUUGAACUUCUCAAAUGUGUCUCAAGAUAAUUGCACGCGAUCUAAGGGUGGUAACGAACUGCGAUAUACCGCGCGGCCAUAUAUCAAACUCCCUCGCACAAUGUCCCAUCGGACCCGACUAAGCGACUUCGCAGGACAAUUGACGAGGAAUAAAACGCAAUAAUGUGGCGUAAAUAUCCGUGGUCCCUUGAAUGAAGGAUUAACGUCUCAAUUCCGAGUAAUCAGUUUGCGGAUCGCGAGUCGCCGAUCGAUGUCUGGUUGCGCAAAAGCCAAUCGACUUUAACGAGAGUCCUCCGGUUUAAUUAACGAGCGUCAGGUUGCUCGCGCGGUAAUCAGGCGCGAGAGAGCGAGGGAGAGCCGUUCGCGGAAGCAGGAGAGGUUGGCCGGCGUGCAACCGCGGUGCAUCGGUUGAUAAACACGUCAAACUGCGGGGUGCACGUGUUCGAAACGCGCGUUACAAACUGGCGUACACGUGUAAGAACGUUGCCAACCGCUUUAUCUUACAAGCGUUCGACGCCUGCCAAUGUAAACGCCUCCGUCGCCGCGCCGCCGCCUCUUCUGCAUUUGUCCCGCGCCUCUUUUGCUCUCGCGGCCAGGAAUCCCCGCCGAUACGGGAAUACUGAUCGAUCGAGAGGAUACCGUUCGCUGGAAUCCAUGACGAAUCCCGCGAAUAUCCGGUUUUUUCCGCGAAUUACUCGCGUUCCAGGAUCUCCGCCAAGCUGAGUCCGCGCCGAUCGUUUACCGAACGGCCGAUCCCUCCGUGCCAAGCCCAGAACACGGAUUCGCUCCUCCAGCCAAUCUCAAGCAUCGUAUUUACUGUCAAGUCGACUCUAAACGUGAUCAUGACGAUACCGUGUAUUUAAUGCGAGCCGAGCGUUCACGAGAUCGGACGAUCCACCGUCGUGUACAUAGAUCGUGUAAAUACCGGAUGGAUACGUGGAUGUUUAUUCGCGUUGGAUCGUAACGCGUUGCAUCGAUUGCGAACGCGACUUGUUUUUUGAUGGACAUUGUUCAGUUUCGUCAGUAAGUUUUAUGUUAGGCACUCGGAGAUUUAUAGUAGUCAAUCAAUGGCCAGUAUUUCGUCGAAGGCUAUCAUUGAACCGUUAGGCUGGCAAAUACCUACAUGAGAUCAAUUUUUGAAGUAAUUCGAUCUUCUACUCCAUAUCCAUAAUAAAUGUUCGAUCUCUGUUUAACAGAAAUCGAAAUUGCCACCCUAAUAUGUCGGACACGUGCAAUCGUACACCCCGGAAUUGUACGAUUUUUAUUUAAAUAACAAAUAAGAAAUAACCUUAAUAAUAAAUGGAGAUCAGAAUUGAUGAUUCAGAAAUUGAGUCCUACAUGCUUGUUCGUUAUUUAGGUAAAAAGAGUGCAUUUCCGUUAAAUGUAUCUAUUUAAUUAGUCGCCUAUUUGUAUCCGGGCACUGUAACUUGACUACUAGCGAUUUCGACUAGCGAAUAUAAGGCGGGGACACAAGUGUAAAUAAUAGGUAGGUUUGAGAACGGGACCCGGGCCAGUACUUACUUGUAUAUAGCCAGUAGAUCAUAGAAACUAACGAAUGUGCUCAAAGUAAUUGGAAGAUGUUAAGUAGAAUAAAAGAGGAACGUUUCGAACAUUGGUUACCAUAUAAUCUUCUGAUCGGUUUGAGCGAUGUAUUUUAAAUAAUUAUGUAAAUCGAUCGAUGCAACAUCUGAAGCAAAAUAUAUUACACGAUAAAUGCAAUUGUACGUAUUACUGAAAUUAUGUCAAUUAUAAAACCAUGCUAUUUCACAAGUAAUGUACAAAAUCCAUCGAAUCCCUGGGCCCUCAUAUUUUCUGUAAAUAUAAAUUGCUCGAAAGAUAUGUAUUCGAAACAACAUAGUUUUGCACUUAAUGUCGGUGCUGUCAGACCGGUUAAUCGAUACCGAUUUACCGAUAUUGAUCGAUCAUGGUGAUAAUUGCAAAGCAUUGACCAUUCGUAGAAUUAGCAAUCCCGUAGUAUUACAGUAAGCCACUCACUGCCAAGUUGAACUAGUUAGCGCGUGAAACUAGACCGAGCUAUUGUACAGAAUUCUUAAGUUAGCAAACGAAACGAACAAAAUUGUUAAAAUUAAGCGAUCAGGUAGAAAUUUGUCACCGCAAUCUUUUUAAGUUUAUUAUACACGAUAUCAUGUAUUCACGGCAAUCGAUAACGUCUCAAUGGAGUUUUGGUGAUAACCGAUGAAUAAAGAUUUUACUUUUGUUAUAAAAGUGUCGGUCUCAAUGUUGCUGGGGAACCACUACUCACUGUAGUACACCACAGGUAUAUUUCGAUAUGUGGAAAUUUCACUUGCGGAGAUUUUAC